CUUUACCCUUAAAAAACAAGCUCGAGAGGCGGUUUCUUCUUUUUUUUCUUAUCUGGAAGUAGACACUCUUGUCUGAAGCAAAGACAAUCAACACAGGAUAGUCGUCAUCGUCUUCUUAACUUUGACUCUUACAGUAUCAAUCAAUCAAUGGCUUCUUCGUCUCCAUUGCAAAUGGUUCACACUUCUCGCACCAUCUCUCAGAUUGGUGUGAAGUCGCAGCUAGUCUCCGCACAUCGAACACCUCAAUCACUUUGCUUCGGAGCUCGUUCCUCUGGUUUCUCACUUUCUUCAAGACUACACUACGCAACAAGCUUCCCUCUUAAGCAAUUGUCAGGAGCUUACAAGCUCCAGAGAACAGCUUGUGUCAAAUCAAUGGCCGCUGAGGAGGAAGAAGAAGUGCUAGCACCUCCUCAGGCUAAAGUGACGAAAAAGGUUUACUUUGAUAUUGAGAUUGGUGGUGAAGUCGCUGGAAGGAUUGUGAUGGGUCUGUUUGGUGAUGUUGUCCCUAGAACCGUCGACAACUUCCGUGCCUUGUGUACUGGUGAGAAGAAGUAUGGGUACAAAGGUUCUUCCUUUCACCGUAUCAUUAAGGACUUCAUGAUCCAAGGAGGUGAUUUCACUGAGGGAAAUGGUACUGGUGGUAUUAGUAUCUACGGUGCCAAGUUUGAAGAUGAAAACUUCACCUUGAAGCAUACUGGACCUGGAAUCUUGAGCAUGGCUAACGCUGGUCCUAAUACCAAUGGAAGCCAGUUUUUCAUUUGCACCGCCAAGACUUCAUGGUUAGAUGGGAUGCAUGUUGUGUUUGGACAAGUCAUUGAAGGUAUGAACAUUGUGAGGAGACUUGAGUCUCAGGAGACGCGUGCCAUGGAUGUUCCCAAGAAACCUUGCAGAAUCUAUGCAUGUGGAGAGCUCCCAAUGGAAGCUUGAUUAACGUUGUGUCGGAUCUUAGUUCUGUUUUUUUUCCCAUGAGAAGCCAAAGAUUUUGAAGUUAUGUUCUUUUGUUUCUUCACUAUGGAUGCAUGCGUUAAGAAGUACAAUAAGGUUCUCUCUUACUAGAGUUUCUCUUUAGGCUUGAACCAUGGUUGCAACCGUGGAUUCUGAACAAUGGGCUCGAGCUUAUCAUCUUUAUUGUCUUUCCAAAUGUUUGGUAUUGCUUCCUUUAUGUUACGAAUGCUGUUUAGUGCA